GUUCAGUUCACUGCACAUGACAGAGGACACAGGGCUGUCAGCUGCAGAGAGUUGUUACACUGUCAGGCAUGAUGCUGCCUCUUAAGACAAUUCUACAGAGAGGUAUAACCAGGAGCUGCUACAGGGGAUUCUCUCUAUCAACACGAACCUGUAGUGGUGAAAGAAAGGGUCUCCUUUUAGGAGUAUAUGAAAAGGAUAAAGAGGAGGAGUCUUUCUUAUUAACCAAUGCAGGUGACACAUUUGAUAAUAUGGUUUCUGGCAAGCUACGAGAUCAUUUAACAAGAUCUGGACCACCGGUAAAAAAAGGCAAAACAAGGAUAUUUUAUGGUUUGCAUGAGGAAUAUCCGAGUAUUGUAGUUGUUGGUCUCGGCAAAAAGUCCGCUGGUGUUAAUCAUCAGGAACUGUGGAAUGAAGGCAAAGAGAAUAUAAGAUCUGCUGUAUCAGUUGGAUGCAGACAAAUGCAGGAGAUGGACGUUGCACAAGUAGACGUUGAUCCUUGCGGCGAUGCACAAGCUGCAGCCGAAGGUGCAGCCCUAGGUCUUUUUGAAUAUGAUGAGCUAAAGAAAAAAAAGAAAAAGGUUGUUGCCACAAAGCCAUAUGGAAGCCAUGAUCAUGAAGCCUGGCAAAAUGGCUUAUUGUAUGCAGAAGGCCAGAACCUUGCACGCUACUUAAUGGAUGCUCCUGCAAAUUAUUUAACACCUACAAAGUUUUCUACAAUACUUGAAGAGAGAUUGGGAAAAGUGGGCAAUGGUGUUAACGUUUUCAGUAGGUCAAAGAACUGGAUAGAAGAGCAAGAAAUGGGGGCUUUCUUGAGUGUCGCCAAAGGAUCUGAUGAGCCCCCAGUAUUCCUUGAAAUUCACUACAAUGGUAGCCCAGAUGCAAAGGAGUUGCCUCUUGUGUUUGUUGGAAAAGGAGUUACUUUUGACAGCGGUGGGAUAUCACUGAAACCUUCAUCAGGUAUGGACGCAAUGAGAGGCGACAUGGGAGGAGCAGCCACCACUUGUUCUGCUAUCCUGGUAGCUGCAACCCUGAAAUUACCCAUAAAUCUCAUUGGUUUGGCUCCAUUGUGUGAAAAUAUGCCGAGUGGCAGAGCAAAUAAGCCUGGGGAUGUUGUCAAAGCCAAGAAUGGGAAGACAAUUCAGGUUGAUAAUACAGAUGCGGAGGGAAGGCUUCUGUUAGCUGAUGCUCUCUGUUAUGCCCACACAUUCAAUCCAAGAGCAAUCAUAAAUGCAGCAACAUUAACAGGGGCUAUGGAUGUAGCACUAGGAUCUGCCGCCACUGGAGUCUUCACAAAUUCAUCCUGGUUGUGGAAUCACCUUCAUCAGGCUGGUAUAGUGACUGGUGAUCGUGUAUGGAGGAUGCCCCUUUUUGAACACUACACUAAACAGGUUACAGAAUCGGCAAUUGCAGACCUUAAUAAUGUAGGAAAAUACAGCAGAUCUGGUGGAGCUUGCACAGCUGCGGCGUUUCUGAAAGAGUUUGUCACAUCCCCUCAUUGGGCUCAUCUAGAUAUAGCUGGUGUGAUGUCAAACAAAGAUGAGGUGCCUUACCUGCGCAAAGGGAUGUCAGGACGGCCUACACGGACAUUAAUAGAGCUUGCUGCUCGCCUAAGCAAGGACAAACAAACUGCUUGAAUAACUACUUUCUAAUAAGAAUACAAACACAAUAUAGCUCAGGAUUUAGGCUAAAGGGACAUUUUAGUGUAACCUAAAAUGAACGAAAAUUUUUGGCUUUUCUGUCCUUUUUAACAUCCUGCAAGCUCAAUGUGAUGAUGAAAUCUACAUUUUCUUAAUUUUCAGGCUUUAAUCAAAACAUUUGUGUUGCCUAUAAAUGUAUUCUAGCACAGUCAAUUUUCAAAAUACUUGUUUGGAAAAUUUUGAUAACUUUGUUUUAAAAAAUCCAUGAAAAAAUUUGUACUCUUUUUGUAAACUUUCAAGGACUCCUUGGUCUCCUCUUCACUCUCUGGCAAACUGUAUAUGUAAAGAAACAUUCAAGCCAAAUGGAGAUAUAUAAAACAAUCUCUUUUGAUUUUCAUUUACUCUGUUACGUCACAAAAAAUAAAUCAGUUCAGAAAUAUGUCAGUGAAAGCAAAUCUGUAACACAUUACUUUUUUGUAUUGUAUACGAAAGAUCAACAGUUUAACAUAUUAAACAUAUUUUUGCAUAUACAGGAUUAAAUAGCUGUUUAGCAACUGUGUCCUGGGACUCUACUGCUUACUGGCUCAAACUACCACAGAACAAAAAGCCUUAUUCAGCACAAGAACAUCCUUUUUUCAAAACACAAAACUUGGUUAUACAUUUUAAAAUGUCUUUUUUUAGAAAGAACUGAGAAAAUGUUUGAGUGUUUUGGUAGUUUUAAGUAUUUCUGAUGAGGACCUGUAUCAGAACAGGUGCAGUAACAAUGCAUUCGGUAAACAAAAAAAUACUGACAUUGUUCCUAGCGGUAAUCAAGUUAGUUGAUUAAUUGGAAUAUGGAUUGAAAAAUAAACAUUUUCUUGAUGUAUUUUUUUUUUUUACAAAUUAUUAUAAAUAGAAUGUUAGUAAAUUAGGUUCCACAACUUUGUAUGGGAAAUAAUAAAGUGUGUUUAAAGUUGG